CUCGCGUCGCGCCAUCUCUGGCAGCCUUGGCCUGGGGCUGCCACCCGUCCAAUACAAUACAGCUACCUGGCUCUAAUCUAUGCUCUGCGCCGAUCUUGGAGGCGACGUGCGAGCCAAGCGGCCAGCCCUCCCCACGCGCGAGAAGCCACGGCUGCCGGCGGUCAGGAUAAGCUCAGAGCCUCAGAGGCAAUGACGGUGGCGCGGGCCCCGCCCGUCGACCUCGCCCGGCCGCGAUUGGCGGGCGGCGGCCUCGCGUUCCGGAAAGGCUGGGGCGCAGCCGCGCAGUGCAGCCAGCACGCGGCCCCCACGCGUGGCGUGCCACGGCUCGCAGCCGCGCGAGCCCCCACGCGGCGCCCAUGCGCGGGUCCUCUCGUGUGGUCGCCCUGGCGCGCGUCACCGGUCACCCACCGGAUAAGCCCAUUUGCCCAUUCCAUCCCUCAGAUCCCGCCGCUCCUUUUUGAUUCGCGCAGCCGCGCCUCUUCUCACGUUUCCGUUUGGAAGCCUGAGGUGCUGCUUUGAGCCUUUGACGGCUUGACGCCACCCCAGAUCGUCUGGGAGUCUCGAGGUAACUGCCCGGCGGGUUUCCGAGCAGCGUCCAGGGAGCUCCUUCCCGCUUCUCUGGGAGAGGUAAAAAAUGUAUCAUCGGGGGUGAUGCAUCUACCUGGAACAUAGAUGGAGGACUAUUUUACACGCUUCCUGAACCUUGGUUGGCAGUUAAGACAAUACUUGACAGAAUUGAUAGAAAAUUUGCUCGGGUACAUUGAUUGGAUUCCUCAACGUCUUGAAGUACAAUUCUCUGCUAGCCAUGGAGGAUCAUUGCCUAGCGCCACAGGACAUACUCAUGAAGGGGCAUAUGCAUUAUCUGUUAGUAAUGCUACUACGGAAAAGCAGUCUGCAAAUGGAAUAUCUGAUGGCACAAUUCUCAGAAAAGGAUUUUCCAGUAUUUAUCAAAGAUCAUAUGGCAGGCCUUCCUAUCUUUUGCAUGGCUUCAGGGUGGUAAGAAGAUUGGCAUUCCGUGUACGAGAUCAGUGGAGUCUGUUUUCAAGUGAAAUACAUGCGAAACUAACCAGGGUCUUACAUCGUUUCUGGACAACACUAAAGGGAUCUUGUGAAGAUAUAGGAUGGUUGCAAAGAACUCGAGCAUCUCUUUGUUCAGUUGAUGGCACAGGUCGCUUCACGGAGAUUUUGCAUGAAAUCAGAAAUGGUCUGCACUGCCUGCCCGAUACACUGGUUUACCUAUUUAUUCCUGGCCUUUUUAGCAACCACAGUCCACUUUACUUCACCAAUACGAAAAGAUUCUUUUCGAAAAUGGGAUUGGCUUGCCAUAUUGCAAAAAUUCAUAGCGAGGCAUCUGUUGAGAAAAAUGCGUGGGAACUGAAACAAUACAUCGAGGAGCUCUACUGGGGAUCUGGUAAGCAAGUUUUGCUCCUUGGUCAUAGCAAAGGUGGAGUUGAUGCAGCUGCAGCUCUUUCCUUGUACUGGUCUGAGCUCAAAGGCAAAGUUGCCGGCCUAGCAUUGGUUCAGAGCCCAUAUGGUGGCACCCCGGUCGCCUCUGAUAUCCUUCGAGAAGGCCAGAUUGCUGAUAAGGAGACAAGAAGGAUCAUGGAGCUCAUCGUAUGCAGACUAAUCAAGGGUGACAUGAGGGCCUUGGAGGACCUAACAUACGCCAAGAGAAAGGACUUCAUCUCCAAGCACAAACUCCCCGUCGAUGAGCUGCCGAUCAUCUCCUUCCAUACCGAAGCUAGCACUGCACCAACAGUGCUCGCGACACUAACCCGCGUGGCCCAAGCCGAGCUCCUGCCAUGGCUCCCCGUGCCACGGUUCUUCCUGUCAGCAUCAGAGUUCGUCGAGUCCAUGCUCGCCUCUCUGAAGGUCCCCGUGGUCGCGCCCGUGUCGGCGGCGAUGGCUUUCACAGCGCUUCACCUGCGGCUGCGGUACGGCGAGAGUAGCGACGGGCUGGUGACCCGGCGCGACGCCGAGGUGCCCGGUUCGGUGGUGGUGAGGCCUGAGAGGAGGCUGGACCACGCGUGGAUGGUGUACUCCACGCUGAAGAAGGGCAGCGCUGAGGCUGAUGCAAGCGAGAUGUGCGAGGCUCUGCUGGCCAUGCUCGUUGAGAUUGGCAAGAACAAGAAAUCAUGCUGACCAUCUUCUCAUCCGGAGCUCUGGAUGGUUGGUUUGCUUAUGCAAAAAUGUUUGUGCCUGAAGUCUACGUCCAGUGUCAUGAACUGAAACUUACUGCAGCACUAACGUCACACAGAGGGAGACUACAGCGAAUGAUAGAAUAUUAUAGCCUUUACAGGAAAUAGUGAAAAUUAGAUUGUACUUUACUUUGUUGGAAGCAAAUACAGCUUGGCAAUAUGCCAUUUUGUUGACUUUUGACGAACAAUAUGCUCUUUCGGGAUGAAUUAUGUUCUUUUUCUAAAGAUAAAUGUAUUAUUGUCUUCACAGUUCACAUUUUAAUUUAAUAUUUUCCCCCUA